UACGUAGAAUUGUAUUAUUCGUAUCUGAUAACAAAUGGCGGAAGUUGUUUAACCGAUGAAUACCACGAAUCGAAGUAAAACAAGGAAGGUAUAAUAGAAAUAAACAUUCCUAGUUUCGGUGAACAGGGUACAAGAGAAAGGGCAAACAUGAGUUUUGAAAAUGUUAAAAUAAUGGUUUAAGAGCAUGUAAGAUGCUUGAUACCCGAAGACAGCAGUGCUUGUUACCCGAAGACAGUAGUGCUUGUUAUCCGAAGACAGUAGUGCUUGUUACCCGAAGACAGUAGUGCUUGUUACCCGAAGACAGUAGUGCUUGUUAUCCGAAGACAGUAGUGCUUGUUACUCGAAGACAGUAGUGCUUGUUACCCGAAGACAGUAGUGCGUGUUACCCGAAGACAGUAGUGCUUGUUACCCGAAGACAGUGGUGCUUGUUAUCCGAAGACAGUUAGUGCUUGUUACCCGAAGAACAGUAGUGCUUGUUACCCGAAGACAGUAGUGCUUGUUACCCGAAGACAAUUGUGCUUGUUACCCGAAGACAGUAGUGCAGAAAGCAACAGACGCACAAUAUAAUUCAGGUGAUUGAACAACUUUCUGAAAGACAAUGAGUGACCAAAACCAGGACUAUUUGCUAGUGGCUGCCAUUGAUUUUGGCACGGCAUAUUCAGGUUGGGCUUUUUCCACUAGGACUGAUCACAGUAAAGAUCCGCUUAAGGUAUGUGCAAACACAUGGGGUGCCGGGAAUCUAAUGUCAUUGAAGACAUCCACAUGUGUUCUCUUUGACCAGAACAAGAAAUUCCAUUCUUUUGGUUUCGAGGCUGAAGAUGCUUACUCUGACCUUGCCCUUGACAACAAACAUGGCGACUACUUCUUCUUUCGAAGAUUCAAGAUGAAACUCUUUGAUAAAUUGCAUCUGAGAAGAAAGUUUAUGUUGGAAGAUGAAAUGGGAAGAAGAAUGUCGGCAAUGGAUGUAUUCUCAGAUUGUAUUAAAUAUCUGAAGAAUCAUCUCACACAGAAAUGCUUACAACAGUUACCCGAUACAUGCGACAGUGAUAUCCGCUGGGUGCUUACUGUUCCUGCUAUUUGGAAUGAUACCUCGAAACAGUUUAUGAGGGAAGCUGCAGCAAAGGCCGGCAUUUCAGAUGAGAACUUGUUGAUUGCUUUAGAACCAGAGGCAGCAAGUCUGUGUUGUCGACAUUUGCCGAUGAACGCUAUUGGUGGGGGUUCUUGUAAUUUUGUACCUUUUGCCCCUGGUUCGAAAUACUUGGUAUUUGAUGCUGGUGGCGGCACUGUAGAUAUUACAGUUCACGAGGUCCAGCCGAGUGGAUCACUGAAAGAACUUUACAAAGCGAAUGGAGGAAACUGGGGUGGUACCUAUAUCGACAUAGCUUUCAGAAACCUCCUGGCUGAUAUAGUAGGCAACGAUGUUAUGGACGACUUCCAAGCAACUCAAAUGAUGGAUUAUAUCGAUCUAUUUCGAGAGUUUGAGGUAAAGAAGAGGAAUUUUAAGAAUGAGAUGACAGAGAAAAUAACAUUCAAAGUUCCUAUUGCACUGAAUGAAGGAUUCAAACAAAAGAAGGGAAUGGAUAUUAAAGAUCAUAUCAAAACCAAACCAAAGUAUGAAAAAAGCAUUAACUGGAUUGGAGACAAGCUACGGAUGGAAGCACAUGUUGCAAAGGGUUUAUUUGCAGAUGCCUGUGAGAGUGUUGCCAAACACUUAAAGACCCUUUUUACGGAAGGUCAAGUCAAAGAUGUUCCUACAAUUCUAAUGGUUGGUGGGUUUUCAGAGUCACCUAUGCUACAAGAUGUCAUAAAGAGAACGAUGCCAGACAAGAAGAUCAUAAUACCAGCAGAUCCGGCCCUUGCAGUUCUCAAAGGGGCUGUCAUUUUCGGCCAUGAUCCAUCUGUCAUACAGGAACGACGCUGUCGAUACACUUACGGAGUCAGAUCUUCUCAUCGAUUUAAUGAACGUAUCCACCCAGAGUCGAAGAAAUUUGUUGACGAUGACGGUGAUAUUCUCUGUUCUGACAUAUUUGAUAGGCAUGUCCAAAAAUGGGCAGCCUGUUGAAUACGGGGAGAGUUCAGGUUAAUCAAUCGUAUGUACCAACUUCGAAAAAAGCGCAAAGGCAAUGGUAUUUCAAGUUUAUGCUUCUGACGAGGCAGAACCGACUUUCGUCACGGAUUCAUGUUGCACACAUCUAGGUAAUCUUACUUUUGAGCUAGGCGGGUCCGGCACUGCUAGAGCGGUGAGGGUGCAAAUGACGUUCAGCGGAACGGAGCUUAAAGUAGAGGCAGAGGAAGAGAGUACAGGAAAGAAGAAAAAUGCAAAGUUUGAUUUUCUUGGCUAAUUUGACAUUAUACGGCGAUGCAAAUUUUCUGUAUCGACAUAUAUAAUUAUAGCAAUUGCCAGAAAUGUCAUUGUAUUAACUGAAACUAUGUGUGUUGUGCUUUAUCCUAGGUGAUUCAUGAUAUAAUUCUCACACUUGCUUACAACAACGUGUUGACUUCUACCUGAUUAAAUUGAGUUCUUUUAAUGGUACAUGUAAAUCUACAUUGUAUUUUAAUAAAAAAAACGUAUGCAAAUCUAUUUUCUUUGAAUUAUAAAACAGUGUAACGAACCUUUAAUUGGAUGUUUUGGUAUUACAUAUAUAUCUGAUGCAUGUAUGAUUACGUCUAAUAUAAAGGUAAAUCUAGA